AUGCAUACACAUUCAGAAACAGUAAGCGAUGAUCUAUUUCUUCGACAAUUUAUUUAUGGUACAUGGCAUUCAUUAUUUGCAUCGGAACUUAUUAUAAAACGACGUCAUAAUAUGAUUAUUCUUAGUGGACUUGUAAUACGAACAAUACAUCCACGUCGAAUGUAUUUUCUUAUAGGUUAUACAGAAGAAAUUCUUUCUGCUCUAUUAAAAACUCCUGUUAAAAUGGAAAUUCAAACUAUUGAUAGUAAAGAUGAUGUUAUUUUUACCUAUUGGUAG